AUGACUAAUGGAAAUGUGACAACAGUAAAUGAAUUCUUUUUUCUGGGGUUCCCUGGACUUGGUGGGCUCAGAUUUCUCCUCUUUUUUCUCAUAUUGUCUGCAUAUACUGUGACAGUGUUCCUAGAUAUGAUGAUUAUUAUAUUAGUGUCAACCAAACAAAGUCUACAUUCCCCCAUGUACUUGUUCCUCAAGAAUUUCUUAUUUUCUGAAAUGUGUUUAGUGACUGUUAUUGUCCCCAAUAUGUUACCCAAUAUGUUACAUAUCAUAUGGAUGGAUGGAGCCAAUGUAUCUAUCCCUGGAUGUAUCAUUCAGAGCUACUUGUUUGUAUCUUCAGGUACUACUGAAUGUUACCUUCUCACUGCAAUGUCUUAUGACCGAUACUUGGCCAUAUGUAAACCUUUACACUACAACACAAUAAUGGGCCAAGCUCUUCAAUAUUUCCUGAUUAUCUUUUGCUGGAUGUUAGGUUUUCUUUUGACAUUGGUCACACUGAGUUUUGUGGCUUUGCUCAAGUUCUGUGAUCAGCAUAUUAUUGACCAUUACUUCUGUGACCUUGCUCCUUUUAUUGAUAUCGCUUGUUCAGAUACUUCCGGUUUGCAAAUUGAUAUAUUUGUUCUAUCUGUCCCCAGUGUUGCUAUUCCGUUUCUAUUAACGGUUGUAAGUUAUGUGUGUAUUUCUGUAGCCAUCCUUAAAAUGCCAUCUAUGGGCAGCAGGAAGAAAGCUUUCUCUACCUGUAGCACUCAUCUUUUGGUGGUGGGGAUGUUUUAUGGAGCUGUGCUAAUAAAUUAUUUUACUCCAGUAAGAGGACAUUCUGUAGCCAUCAACAAAUUGUUAUCAGUUAUAUUUACUGUAGUAACACCAUUGUUCAAUCCCAUCAUAUACAGCCUGAGGAACCAGGAUAUGCAUGCUGCCAUAUUUAGUUAUGUACGGCGGCAGAAAUGA